AUGCCCCCAGUAAGCCAGAACGACAAAACGACCAGACAGUCGUCCGCAGGCAAAGGUUUUUUCAGCAGGCGCCAUCGAGACAACAAAUCUGAUAGUCGUUACGAUGGCCCCGAAACCCCAAGCCUCACUCUCAAUGGUUCAUAUGGUUCGCGGCAUUCCAAAAGAGAUUCAGUUGCUUCAAUCGAUGGUCAGGAACCAGACAGUGCUGGCCUUUCUAUGACCGCCGGUGUCAUCACUUCAAUCCCGUACUCCUCCACCUCUGGCCACCAGGCCCCAAUUUCCGUUGAAUAUCUUCCCCGAGAAGGUGACAUUCCUGGUCGAAAAGAACCUCAACCACAUCAAUUAGCAAGAGGAAGCGACUUUCAUCAAUAUCCUGCUUUCAGUGGCCCUACCAAUGGCGCAUCACAUCCUACGGGUCCCAGGCCGGCCCCUCAGAAUUCAACCAAUUCAACAACACUGUCCGGCCUCACCAUGGCCACCAGUCAAGUUGGGGAUCGAGGUACAAAGUAUCAACAAUGGGGUCGUCCCAGCAGUAGAGAGGGUCCACAACAUAAUCCCUAUGAUUCGGUUUCAACCACAGACUCCUAUGGAGGUCAACGAAAGUCGUUUGAUGGUGCCAGUAUACGCUCAACAGCUUCCUCCGCUACCAGAGGCUCUAGUCUGUUUUCCUCCGAGAGUUCGGCACGCACCGCCAUGCCAUCUCGCCAGGACUCCGACGGUUCAAUGACAGUCAUAUCACCCACGCACUCGAGACUUUCCAAAAUCAGCUCUCAUUCUGGUUGGCCCACUCAACAGGCCUCGCCAUUCAAUUCUACCACCUCCUUUACACCCGCCGGAUUUUAUCUGCCCAAACCGAAAGACGAUGCUGAGAUCGAAAAAUUAUUCCUGCAGCUCAUGCAUAAGCGCGGUUGGCAAAAUCUCCCAGACCAGGCCAAACGGCAAAUGAUGGCAUACGCUCCAGCAAAGAAGUGGACGCUCGUUCAUCAAGACAGACUAACCGAAUGGCAAGGCGAGCAAAAGCGAAGACAGCAAGCUAGAACGACAGGUACUAUCGAUGGACCAGUCCCGCGUGAUGUUGACGGAACACCUGAGUGGUAUGUUAAGAGAAUAUUGGACAAUACAAUCACCUCCAAACAGCUACAAAGUUUGAGCGUCAGUCUUCGAACUCAACCCAUCAGUUGGGUCAAAAUAUUCAUUGAGGCUCAAGGUCAAAUUGCGUUAACGAAUGUCUUGAUGAAAAUCAAUCGACGUCAAGCCAAUGGUCCUACACCUGCGAACAAUACUACGACUACCGAUAAGGAUCUCGAUAGGGAAUAUGACAUUGUGAAAUGUCUGAAAGCGUUGAUGAACAACAAGUAUGGAGCAGACGAUGCUUUAACCCAUGAGCAAAUACCUGUAGCGUUGGCUACAUGUCUGAUAUCUCCUCGUCUCACCACGAGAAAAUUGGUUAGCGAAGUGCUCACGUUCUUAUGUCAUUGGGAUCAAGGACAGGGCCAUCUCAAGGUACUGCAAUCCAUGGAUCAUUUCAAGAACAUGGCAAACGAGAAUGGUCGAUUUGAUGCGUGGAUGAGAAUUGUUGAAGUCACUAUCGAUGGACGUGGCAAGAUGGGCAGUCUUGUUGGCGCAAGUGAAGAAGUUCGAAGUGGAGGUAUUGGCAUGGAAAAUCUUUUGAUGGAAUAUGCCGUGGCCACCAUGGUGUUGAUCAAUAUGCUGGUCGAUGCUCCUGAAAGAGAUCUCCAGCUAAGAUGCCAUAUUCGAGCUCAAUUUAUCGCCUGUGGUAUCAAGCGUAUCCUGGUAAAGAUGGAAUCUUUCCAGUACGACGUAAUCGACAAGCAAAUCGCAAAGUUUCGAGAAAAUGAGGCCAUCGAUUAUGAAGACUUGCUGCAACGAGAAGGUAGUAGCAUGGUCGACAGCAUUGAAGGAGAGGUCAAAGACAUGACGGAUCCUAUGCAAAUCACAGAUGCUAUCAUGACCAGAGUUCAAGGCACACGGACUCAGGACUACUUCAUCUCGGCCAUGCAACACAUGCUUUUGCUACGUGAGAACAACUCAGAGGAACGUCUGAGAAUGUUUCAAUUGGUGGAUUCUAUGCUUAGCUAUGUGGCUAUGGAUAGAAGGCUUCCAGAUAUGGAUCUCAAGCAAAGCCUGAAUUUCACAGUACAAAGUUUGCUCGACAGAUUACACACUGAUGAUGAAGCUCGAAUUGCUUUUGACGAGGCUACCGAGUCAAGGCAAAUCGCAGAAGCUGCCAUUGCUGAACGAGAUGAAAUGUCAGCACAGAUCGCUCUUGGUGCCGAUGGCUUGGUCAGAAAAUUACAGAAACAGAUCAUCGAGCAAUCUGGCAUUAUUGAAAUGCAAUCCAGGCAAGCAGAGUCGCUCAAGUCUGAAGUUGCCGAGCUCCAAAGAAUCCGGGCCCAAGAAUUGCAAAGAAAUGAGCUCGAAACCAGAGAGUUAUACCUCAUGCUACGGGAUGCUCAAGAUGUCGCUGCGUCCCGGACUGCCAAAGAGGGACCUGCAGCUCAAGAUCCUGCCCAGAUGCAAGGCAUCCUGGAUAGAGAAAAGCUCAUGGAACGCCUUGAGCGGAACCUUGAAAGGACCAAAACACAAUUCAAGCUUGAAGGAAAGGUCUGGGGUCAAACAGGCCCAUCGGAUCGACUACGAGAACUUCGAGAACAGAUGGAUGAAGGUAUUGAUGCCGACUUCCAAGAAAAGACAAAACGUCAUCUCACCAACAGCGUCAUGGGAAGCGUCCAUCGUAGUAACGCUACAAAGGGUCCCCGUAGAGCUGCUCUGGGAGCUCUUGCUAUUAGCGAAGAGGCUGAUCAAGACUAUGAAUCUGAGGAGGAAGAUGAUGAUGUCGUUUUUGAGAAACCAAGGUUGGUCGAGUUCUCACGGCCCAAGAUCUCUGCAGAUCAACAGUCCAGCCUGCUCGGCGAGCUUGCCGCUAAGGUCAAAAAGAUUGAUGAUGAUAGUGAUGGGACAGCUGAGGAAGGUGAAGAUGCUGGCGUUACUACAGGGCCUACACACCCAAGCCUCGAGUCCGAAUCUCCUAGAACUCCUCUCGAUGAGACUACAACUGAAGCCAAGUUUACCGGACCACCACCCCCUCCGCCACCGCCGCCACCGCCUUCUUCCAUCCCGUCAACACCCAGUCUAAUCCCUGGCUUUGGUGGUCCACCGCCUCCUCCACCGCCUCCACCUCCUGGCAUGCCUAUGUCUCCUUUGAUUCCGGGGUUCUCUGGAGGACCUCCACCUCCUCCACCCCCACCUCCUGGUUCACUACCUAUGAGCCCAUUAUCACCUAUGCCACCACCACCGCCUCCUCCACCUGGUGCCCCGCCUCUUCCAGGCGCUCAACAUGGCCACUUCUUGCCACAAUCUCCUAUCGGCCCCGUGCCGAUGCUCAAGAAUCCAAUGAUGCGUCCAAAGAAGAAGCUCAAGGCAUUCCAUUGGGACAAAGUCGACACUCCGCAAGUCACUGUGUGGGCUGAGACUGCCAAUGCUGAAGCAAAGGAAGAGAAGUACCGUGAGCUGCAGCGUAAAGGUGUUCUGGAUGAAGUCGAGAAAUUGUUCAUUGCCAAGGAGAUUAAGAUACUUGGUGGUGGAGCAAGUAAAGGCAAGAACGACAAGAAACAACUCAUCAGCAGUGAUAUGAUGAGAAACUUUCAUGUUUCGAUGGCUAAAUUUAAGAACUCCUCGGCUGAUGAAGUCGUCCGAAAGAUUGUUCAUUGUGACAAAGAAGUUCUGGAUAAUGUUGUUGUCAUGGAUUUCUUACAACGAGAAGACCUUUGCACGAUACCAGAAAAUCUUGCGAAAUUGAUGGCGCCAUACAGCAAAGACUGGACUGGUCCAGAUGCUAUCACGUCAAAGCGUGAACAAGAUCCCAACGAAUUGACGAGAGAGGAUCAGAUCUACCUUCAAACCGCUUACGAAUUACACCAUUAUUGGAAAGCAAGAAUGCGUGCCCUAACCCUCACAAGAACAUAUGAAACUGAGUACGAUGAAAUAUCCAAUAAACUGAAGGAUGUUGUCAAUGUAUCUGAGGCGAUCCGUGACUCGACUUCAUUGAUGAGUGUUCUAGCACUCAUCCUCGACAUCGGAAACUACAUGAAUGAUUCGAACAAGCAGGCUUCCGGUUUCAAGCUGAGCUCAUUGGCGAGACUUGGGAUGGUCAAGGAUGACAAAAACGAGACCACCUUCGCAGAUCUCAUCGAACGUAUCGUCCGCAACCAAUAUUCUGAAUGGGAGGUUUUCGUGGAUGACAUUGGGGGUGUGGUUGCUGCUUCCAAACUGAACGUGGAUCAAUUACGACAAGAUGCGAAGAAAUAUAUUGACAACAUCAAGAACGUUCAAGCUUCACUAGAUGCUGGCAAUUUGAGUGACCCUAAGAAGUUCCACCCACAAGAUCGUGUCGCUCAAGUCGUGCAAAGAUCAAUGAAAGAGGCAAGACGCAAGGCAGAUCAGAUGCAACUCUAUCUGGAGGAAACCUCUAGGACCUAUGAUGAUAUUAUGACUUACUUCGGCGAAGACAAUCAAGAUGAGAAUGCCAGAAGAGAAUUCUUCAGUAAAUUAGGAGGGUUUGUCACUGAGUGGAAGAAAUCCCGAGAAAAGAACAUGACCAUCGAAGAGAACAAGAAACGGAUCGAGGUCAGUCUUGCCAGAAAACGAAAUCUUGCCAGUACCACCGCAAGUGGAACACCAAGUGGUGCGGAAACACCAGGCAGUCCGCCAGCUAAUGGCGCCAUGGAAACUCUUCUUGAGAAGCUUCGAGCGGCUGCUCCACAAGUCAAAGAUCAACGUGAUAGAAGGCGCCGGAUGCGUCUUAAGGAAAAACAUGAUCAAAGAGUUGCUAGCGGCCAACAACUUCCUGAUGCACCCAUCAAAGAUGAUGUUGAAGAGAGCCGUGGUUUGGCGAGUCUCGGAGAAAAAGCCAAUGAGGACAAUCUCAGUGCUGAAGAUGGCACCAGCGGCAAAGGAGAUAUCAGUGAAAGUGAAGAUGUUGCAGACCGAGCAUUAAGAGCACUCCAGGAAAUGCGAAGUUCCGCUCCUGCCACUGGUGAUGAAUUGGACGUAAGAAGACGCCGUGAUGGUGCCGAUGAAGAAAGAAAGAAUAGAAGGAUGAGAAGACGGACGGCACAACAGAGCAGCAAUGGAGUUAGGGACUCUGUGCAGUCCCCUACCAAAUCGGAUGUUGAUUCACCGGUGACCGCUACUUAUAAUGGGGAUUCUGUGAAUGACGACAAAAGGUCAUCAGGAGGGACAUUAAGCCCAGUGUUUGCACAACCACCGCCUUCUAUAGUGGUUAGUCCUACACUAGAUGAUCACCCUGAGGUGGAGGAGAAGUAA